AGCUUGCCCAGGGUGGAGUGGCGGCUGCUGUUAUGUCCGUGUCCUGCCCGGCUCCCUAUCCCCGUGGCUCGCCGCCCCGCUAGCCGCUCGCCCACAGUUUAAGGGGUUGUAGGGGAGAGACCGCUGCCAGCAGCACCCCCUUUCCCCGACAAGCCGUGGACCCACCCACCUGCUACUGCCGUCGCCAGCAAGCGUGCUUGGGAGGAAUUUGCAAUGGAUCUUGUCCUGCAAACCUGCCUGGGGCUGGCUGCCAACACCUCCCCCUUGUGCCAGGGCGCGGUGCCCACCGAUAACUUCAGCCUGGCCAACUCCUCCGCCCCGUGCAUGGAGGGGGUGUCGGCUCGGUGCAACCACACAGACAACAGCCCCCUGAACAAGGGUCCCUCCUCAAUCAUCAGCUCUAUCAUUAUCACGGCUCUCUACUCCAUCGUGUGCGUGCUGGGGCUGGUCGGCAAUGUUCUCGUCAUGUUUGUCAUCGUCAGGUACACCAAAAUGAAGACAGCCACCAACAUCUACAUCUUCAACCUGGCCCUGGCUGAUGCCUUGGCCACAAGCACCCUCCCUUUCCAGAACAUCAACUACCUGAUGGGGUCCUGGCCCUUUGGCAAGCUGUUGUGCAAGGUUAUCAUGUCCAUUGACUACUACAACAUGUUCACCAGCAUCUUCACCUUGACCACCAUGAGCAUGGACCGUUACAUCGCCGUCUGCCACCCGGUCAAAGCCCUGGACUUCCGUACUGCGCACAACGCCAAGAUUAUCAACGUCUGUAUCUGGAUCCUGUCGUCUGCUAUCGGCCUGCCCGUGAUGAUCAUGGCCACCACAAUGCUCAACCACGGGGAGCUGGAAUGCACGCUGAAAUUCCCACAUCCUUACUGGUACUGGGACAACCUCUUGAAGAUCUGUGUCUUCAUCUUUGCCUUCAUCAUGCCUGUCCUCAUUAUCACCGUUUGCUAUGGGCUCAUGAUUCUGCGGCUGAAGAGCGUCCGGAUAUUGUCCGGCUCCAAGGGGAAGGACAGGAAUCUCCGGCGGAUCACCAGAAUGGUGAUGGUGGUGGUCGUGGUCUUCAUCAUCUGUUGGACGCCCAUCCACAUCUAUGUUAUCCUGAGGGCUCUGGUGAAGAUCCCGUCCACAGUCCUGGAUAUGGUGGCCUGGCACUUCUGCAUUGCCCUGGGCUACACCAACAGCUGCCUCAACCCCGUGCUGUACGCCUACCUGGACGAGAACUUCAAGAGGUGCUUCCGAGAGUUUUGCCUGCCUUCUGCCUCCUCGCUACCCUUCCAGGGUUCCAACCGGGUGAGGAGCCAGGCUCGCGAGCACCCGUCCACCCUCCACACAGCCGACAGGACUAACCAGCAGGUAUGACUAGGAGUGCAGGUGGAGCCCCAGCCCGGAGAUGACCUCAACUCGGAGCUCACCCAGGUCACCACAGGACUGUGACAAUGUGAGGAGGGCCACUUGGCUAUAUAUUCGCCAGGAGCAGAAAGCCCUGGCUUAUGCCACUGCCUUCAAAUGCUCAGUGAGCAGAGCAAGCCAAGGAGACCCCAGAUAAUGCCCCAUGAGAUUUCCACAUGCCUUUGUCGAGCUGAACACCAUGGCACCUCCCACCAAUGUAUAGGAUGGUGCACAGAUGGUCGCUGUGAAGGGAUAGGUGGGUCGCUGUUGGUUUCUUUCUAACAAACAAGGCGUUUCUUUCUCUUGCUGUAGUAGGAGCUGGAGUCCCAGAAUACCGGAGAGACCCCAGGGAUUGGAUAGGGAGUUGGCUAAAUUUUCUUUAAGACAAUUAAGGAGAGAAUGGAACAGAAUGGAGAUCCUUAAAUUAAGUAAUUGGAAGACCUUGUUCAAUGAGAGACCUUCUGGCCAAGCACCUAACGUUAAGUUGGAUGGGCAGCUCAACUUGUUACCCCAAGCCCCCAAGGUGAUGGUUGGGCUGCGAUCCCUGAAAAGUGGGGAAAAUGGCCACUGAUAGUAGAGCUAGUUUCACAAGAUUUGUUUGGGGCUAAGGAACGUGAGGGAUGGAUGAAGACGGCAGUUCCUGAUGAACGGGUUAUAGUGGGACAGUAUUUGACCAAUGUCCCUUCACCAUGACCUGUUCCGCACUGGUGAGUUGAUCUCCCAACAUCGUCUGAACAGGACAACCCAUGGACUGCAGCGCCCAGAUGAGAAGGAGAGUGGUGAGGGCAUUGGAGGCCAUAUGGGCCAAAUCCCAAUGACAACUUCUAUUUAUGGUGUUAUUGACAGGUAACAUUUCCCAAAAGAUAUUUGGUUAGUUGAUGUUAAUUGUCAUUCUAAAUUCCCCUAAAAUGUCGG